UGAUUAGUCUGCAUGGCCACAGUCCAAGGGGGAGGUUCCCGCACGGAAGUACUUGUUCCCUGCCUUGGUUAUGAAGCUGCUCCAGCUGCGGGGCGGCUGCCUAAGAUCGGGGGCUGCUGCUGUUGCUGCCCUCUUCGGCCCGAGUUUGAAAGACUAAAAGCCUCAUCAUGAACCUGGAGCCACCCAAGUUGGAGAUAAGAUCAGCCACCAGAGUGGUUGGAGGGCCAGUUACCCCUAGAAAAGGACCACCCAAAUUCAAGCAGCGGCAAACCCGCCAAUUCAAGAGCAAGCCCCCCAAGAAAGGUGUACAAGGUUUUGGUGAUGAUAUUCCUGGAAUGGAGGGUUUGGGAACAGACAUCACUGUCAUCUGCCCCUGGGAAGCCUUCAACCACUUGGAGCUACACGAGUUGGCCCAGUAUGGUAUCAUUUAGUUGACCCUACCUGCUACAGACUCAUGAAGACUGAAGACAUUUUACCUUUCCACUCUUAUUUAUCCUUACUCCCCUAUCCCAGAAUUUUCCAUGUGAUAACUCCUCUUUCUUUUUCUUUUCCUGAAGUUCCAUUCAGGAACCAGAUUCAGGGAAGAAUUCUCUUGAUCUCCCUUUAUCUAUAUUAGGAGGACUGAAUCUAUACUUAUAGGACUAAUUCAGGGCUGCCAGAAACAUAGACAUUUUCCCCGCUUAUUAACUUAUUCGCUAGCUGACUGUUCUAAGGGUUCUGCUUAAUCUAAGAGGGGGCAGCAGUAAAUACUGGUCCUCUACCCCAAGUGUCCUAUGAGUGUAUUUUUACUCAUGGAAGGUUACCUUUUGGGGAACUUCCCAUGGACAAACAGGUAUCUUUCCUUCCAGUGGCAAGAAUGAUGCUGGCAUGAAGGGGGAAUUGAUUGAGCUUUAUACUCAAUGUCCUCAUCUCAAGGUUCUUGGGUUCUGGAAAUCUAGAGUUUAUUGUAUCCCUUCUUUUGGCAUUGGGAACUGGGAAUCCAAGAUUGAAUGGUAAUAUAAUUUAAUUUGGGAAAACAUUACUCCAUUGGCAGGUAUAGAAACAACUGAUAUAUUCACAAUAACCCACUCAUCUGUAUGUAUUGACUCCCUCUAUUAUGUUGUAAACUCUUUGUGGACAAGAACUAUCUUAACACACUGCUUGGCAUAUAGAAAAAUAUUCAAUAAAUGCUUUUGUCAUUCA